AUGAUUGCUAACUGCUCGCAGGUACAGGUUUCCCGCGCAGCGAAGAUCGACAAGCUCUCGAUCCUGGGAGUGCGCUCCUUCGACAACACGCGCAGCGAAACCAUACAGUUCCAUACACCCCUCACGUUGAUUGUUGGAUACAAUGGUUCGGGAAAGACGACGAUUAUCGAGUGCCUCAAAUAUGCCACGACGGGCGACCUUCCCCCCAACAGCAAAGGAGGAGCCUUCAUACACGACCCCAAGCUAUGCGGCGAGAAGGAGGUGCUGGCACAAGUGAAGCUGUCGUUUAAGGGCACUUCCGGCGCGAAGAUGGUGGCCACGCGCAGCCUACAGCUUACAGUCAAGAAGACAACCCGGCAACAAAAGACCCUGGAAGGACAGUUGCUGAUGGUCAAGAAUGGCGAGCGCACGGCGAUCUCGUCGCGAGUGGCGGAGCUGGACCAGAUCAUGCCACAAUACCUGGGUGUGUCGAAAGCGGUUCUCGACUCGGUCAUCUUUUGCCAUCAAGAUGAGAGUCUGUGGCCGAUGAGCGAGCCCUCGGUACUGAAGAAGAAGUUCGAUGAGAUUUUUGAAGCGAUGAAGUACACGAAAGCCAUCGACAACAUCAAAGCACUGCGCAAGAAACAAAACGAGGAACUUGCCAAGUUCAAGAUCAUGGAGCAGCAUGCCAAAGAGGACAAGGAUAAAGCGGAUCGCGCCGAGAAACGCUCGAUCAAGCUGCAAGGGGAGAUCGAGGCUUUACGCGAGGAAACUCACCAAAUGUCGCUGGAAAUGCGACGCGUUGCAGACCUCGCCGACAAAGCCUGGAAGGAAUCCGAGAGCUAUGCUCAGAUAUUGGGAGCCCUGGAAGGGAAGCGCAUCGAGGCCAAAAGCAUUGAGACCACCAUCGAAAACCUGAAGAAACACCUUGUUGAGCUGGACGACUCGGACGAAUGGCUUGAAUCGACUCUGGAGCAGUUCGAGUCUCGGCAGGUUCAAUAUCAGCAGCAGGAAGAGGCUCAAAAGGAGAAUUACAUGGGCAUCAAGGAGAAAAUCGAACAGUCUCGGCAUCGCUUGGGCUUAAAGCAGGCCGAAAAUGGAAAGUACGAAAACGACAAGGCCAAUUUCGAGCGCCAAGUCUCAAGACGACAGGCCAUGGUCAAUGAGAUGGCUCGCGAUAACAACAUUCGUGGUGUUGAUGACAACAUGGAUCAGGCUGAUAUCGAUGCGUUCAUGCAGAAGAUUCGACGUUCCCUAAGAGAGCAAAACCAGGCUCUGGACCGUGUGAAGCGAGAAGCCCAGAAAGAGCUACGUGAGGUUCAGGAUAUUCUCAACGAAAUUGGGCAAAAGAAGUCUGCGUUGCAAGAGAGCAAGAACUAUGCGAAGCGGCAAAUCGCGUCUAACGACAAUGAAGCAGCGACAUACCAAGCUAAAUUGGACGAAAUCGAAAUCGACGAGGGCGUCCAGGCUGUCCUGGAGUCCAAGGUUGAGGAUGUUUCUUCCAAUCUUGAGCAUGCAAAGGAAGGUGCCAAAUCCGCAUCUUGGGACCAAGAUAUCCAAGAAACCAAUGCAGAGAUCCGUCGUCUGGAGGAUGAGAGUUCGAGGUUGAAUGCUGAAUUGAUCGAAUCCACAAAGAAGGCCGGCGAUCUCGCCCGUUUGGACCACCUCAAGAAGGAGGCCAAAGACCGGGAACGCAGCUCGCAGACCAUGAAAGGAGCCCACGGUGAUCGACUUGCGAAAAUUGUCGGCGUAGACUGGCAACCGGAGACUUUAGAACGAGACUUCCAGCGAGCACUCGAUACCGAAUCCAAACAGGUGGCCGAUGCAGAGCGAGAUCGUGAUGGCGUGAACAGAGAACUGGAACACGUCGAGUUCAAGCUCAAGACGGCCAAGAAAAAUCUGAAGCAACGGCAAAAGGAUCUCGACGACUAUGCCAAGGAGAUUCGUGAAGCUGUUGAGACGGAGCCUGCCGAGUUCCCUGACAUGCUCAAGGAACGACAGGCACAAUACGAUCUGGCUCGCAAAGACGCCGACCAAUACGCCGGAAUGGGCGAGUAUCUCAGCAAGUGUCUUGAAGCCGCAAAACGAACAAAGCUUUGCCGAACAUGCCAGCGGUCUUUUAAGAACGAGGCAGAGCUUCAAAGCUUUCAGAAGAAACUGGAGAAUCUUGUCAGGAAGGCCACAGAGGAAGCUGAAGAUGACUCCCUGAAAGGCAUUGAGCAAGACCUCGAAGCUGCCCGCGGCGCGAGCGCUGCCUAUGAUGCAUGGGUUCGCUUGUCUGAGACAGAUAUCCCAGAACUAGAGCAGGAAGAACAGGAGUAUGAAUCGCAACGUGAUGAGCUCUUGGGCCGGCUGGAAGGGCACGACCGUACCGUUAGUGAAAAGUCUGACAGCAAGCGAGAAGUCGAAGCGCUCUCCAAGACGGUCAGCACCAUUGCUCGGUACGAUGUUGAAAUCAAAUCGAUCAACUCGCAAAUCCAUGAGCUCUCCGGCAAGCAGCAAAAUGCCUCUGCCGGACGGACCUUGGAAGAUAUCCAGGAGGAGAUUUCCGCAAUUGGCGAGAAAAUCCGAGCUCUGAAGAAGACUCUCACCAAACUCACGAAUGACAAAGACCAAACCCGUACCGAGAUCAAUAAUCUAGAGUUGCAGCUGAGAGAUGUGCGGAGCAAUCUCGACAACGCCAGAUUCCAGCUGGAGAAGAAGAGCGACUUGCUUGUCAGACUGGAGGAGUACAAGAAGCUCAACACGCAGCAGCGAGAAGCAAUCGAAAAGGCUGACCGAGAUAUCGAGAGUCUUACGCCCGAGUUGCUUCAGGCACAAGCCCGGUAUGAUGAUAUCAGCCAACGGGCCGAGACCCGUGAACGAGAGCUGCAACAGGAGAUCAGUCGGCUGUCGGAGAGCAUACACCAGCUGGAUCUGGCAAACGAGGAUAUCAAUUCGUACAACGAGCGAGGAGGUCCAAGUCAGCUCGAGCGCAGCAAGCGGGAGCUUCAAGGCAUUGAAGACGAGAUCAGCAAGCUCGAAGCUGAGCAGGCGGAGAUCACGCGAGAAAUCAACAAGAUCUCAGCCCAACUCAAGGACAGCGAGAACACGAAACGGCAAUACUCGGACAACCUCACAUAUCGCCAAGCGAACCGUUCCCUGGGCAAAGUGGUAGAGGAGAUCGAGGAAUUGGAAUCGCAGAACGCCGAGGUCGACCGCAGUCGUUUCAAGCAAGAGUCCGAACGCCGAACGCGCGAGCACAACGCCCUUGCCGCCAAACAAGCCAGCAAGAUGGGUGAAAUGAAGUCCAAAGACGACCAGCUGAUGCAGCUACUGGCCGACUGGAACACGGACUACAAGGACGCAGCCUCCAAAUACAAGGAAGCCAAUAUCAAAGUCGAAACAACCAAAGCCGCCGUGGACGAUCUCGCCCGCUACGGCGGCGCCCUCGACAAGGCCAUUAUGCGCUAUCACGGGCUGAAAAUGGAAGAAAUCAACGCCAUCAUCGGCGAGCUGUGGCAGAAGACCUACCGCGGCACCGACGUGGACACGAUCCUCAUCCGCUCGGACAACGAGAACGCCAAGGGCAACCGGUCCUACAAUUACCGCGUGUGCAUGGUCAAGCAAGGUGCCGAGAUGGACAUGCGCGGCCGCUGCAGUGCGGGACAGAAAGUCUUGGCUAGUAUCAUUAUCCGUCUUGCGCUGGCGGAGUGCUUCGGCGUUAAUUGUGGUCUUAUUGCUCUGGAUGAACCGACUACGAACCUUGACCGUGACAAUAUCCGCUCGCUCGCUGAGUCUCUGCAUGAUAUCAUCCGUACUCGUCAGCAGCAGGCGAAUUUCCAGCUUAUUGUCAUUACCCACGACGAGGAAUUCUUGCGUCAUAUGCAGUGUGGUGACUUUACCGAUUACUACUACCGUGUCUCGCGCAAUGAGAGGCAGAAGUCGAUUAUUGAGAGGCAGUCUAUUGCUGAGGUAUGUUGUUUGGAUGUCGGUCUAUUCGUUUGCUAA